ACGAUACUCUCCAAGAUCGCCGCUCAGACAGAGACAGAGAGUCCCACGACUCUCGCACGGUAGAUGGAGACCACCGUGGAUACACCGAUUCACGAUCGAACAGACUCCAUUCUCGCGUGAGCACUUCACCAUCAUCGACUUCGGUGCCGGCUGCUGACGCCUCUGCUCGCAAAGCGGUGUUCAUCAAGAAGAAAUGAACGGUGAACGUGAUUAUCGCGAAUGACGCCCCGUGUAAUACUACUAUCGUGUUACUCCGAAACAUCGUGAAAGAUAAACUGACACUCGUGUUACGAACUAUUCAAAGCAGAAACGAUUGUCUCGUUUGGUAUUACCGGAAGAGGAAUAAAAAGGAGGAAAAUAAGAAGAAGAAUCGCAGCCGUCCUUCCAGGAAAAGAUUGAAAAAUUUUGGGAUCCCCGAAAGGUCAAGGGGGCUGAGAAAGUCGAAAAAAGUCAAAGAAAAUUCGUGUGUUCGUCGAUAGAGACACGCAUAUACACGUAUACACUAGCUUUUAUACACUCGUACAGAAAGGACACACGCACGUUAAUCGCGCAUUGACACACCGGUGCAGAACGUCUCGUUAAGAUUUACCGUUCACUAUCGAAUUAUGCGUGGUGCGAGAUGGUGUGUUCUUUGACCAGCAGCGGCGGCGGCGGCGGCGGCGGCGGAGGAGGAGGAGGAGGAGGAGGUGGUGGAGGUGGCGGCGGAGGUAGCAACAAAAGCUGCGGUGAGAACGGUGAGCCGGAACUUCAACAAAGAUCAAGUCCCGAAGGUGAGCUUGAGAUUGGAGACAACAUGUCUUCGUUGAGCGAUCAACACAGGAGAAACAGUCAUAUAGCCGAGGGUGAUCGUAGUUCUUCGGCUGGCUCGUCCUUGGGAUCGUGCUCGCCACCGCCAACGUCAAGCCAUUCGCCACCACCUCCAAGGCCACCGUGGCUUCACGAUUUUCAUGCCGCUGCCGCGCCCCACGUUUUGCAGUUCCUCAAUCUGAGCGCUGCUGGUGGUGGGAUGCUCGGUAAUCAACCGUUGGCUGCUUUACAUUCGAUGGCCGAACGAAGCCAUCAGCAACAGCAGCAACAACAACAGCAUCAACACCAGCAACAACAACAGCAACAGCAACAACAGCAACAACAACAUCAACAGCAGCAAGGACUCCAAUUGCCGCGUAUUAGUGUUCCUCUCGCGACAUUGACCACUCAAGGUGGGCAAUCUUCGCCGACGGGCAGCACAGGAAAACACAGUCCAGCCACCUCGAUUACAUCGGUCGGCAGCAAUCCUCAUGGUAUAGACACGAUACUCUCGAGACCGGCGGCCGCGCAUCCGCAACCUCCUGUGCCCGCCUCGCACGCCGCCCUUCAACCAGCACCGCAUCCCCAACACAUGGCGGCACCACGUUACGCCAUGCACGCAGGAUUCACCGCGUCUACCGGUAUUGGACAGUUCCAACAAAGGACAGAACCACGACAUCCGGCUGUCUAUUGGCCGGGUCUUCAAGGAUUGGUCAGCGAUCCCUUAGCAUGGCGAGCAAGAUUACACACGUUAUCUCAACAGCUCGGCUGUCAGCAGGGAAUGACAGGUGCUGGUGGUGGUGCUGGAGAACACGAAGGUGGAAAGAAAAAGCACACGAGACCAACAUUUAGUGGGCAGCAGAUAUUCGCCUUGGAGAAGACUUUCGAACAAACAAAGUAUCUCGCUGGACCUGAACGCGCUAAAUUGGCUUACGCGCUUGGAAUGUCGGAAUCGCAAGUAAAGGUAUGGUUUCAAAACAGAAGGACAAAGUGGCGGAAGAAGAACGCCGCGGAAAUGGCGACGGCGAAGAGACGUCAAGAGGAGGUUGAGGGUAUAGUAGCGGAGGGUGAGGACGGUUGCAGCGACGCCGAAGCUGAUGGUAGUAGCGAGACGGCCGCAAAGAGGCUGAGGAGGGAACUCGAGCAGCAGUACAGGCAUUGAAAGAUGCGAGAAAGAAGAGGAAGAGAAAAAUGGCGGUGAUGGGAGAAGAAGAGGAGGAGAGGCGUGGCUAUGCGAAGAUAAGAAAGGAAGAGAGAGAGAAAGAAAGAGAGAGAGAGAGAGAGAGAGAGAGAGAAAGAGAGAGAAAAAGAACUGAUAUCUUUGAUGCGAACGAAUGAGAAAAAGAGAGGAGAAAAGAAAAUCCUUUUUCACGGAUUUACUCGCUCCUGGAGAGAUGUAACGAGAGCUUUGCUAAUAUACAUAUACGUACAUAUGUGUGCGACUGUGUGUGUAUAUGUGUGUGCGCGCGCGCGUGUGUGUCUGUGUGCGUCUGUGUGUACAUGAAUGUGUUCAAAUACCUUCUCUCUAUUCUUCCUUCUUCGUCCUCGAGGUGCUUCGUUGUUUGCUAGCGUGACUGAAUUACGAGAUUUCGACAGACGACAGAAAGAAUCGAUGCUCCGUGGAAAAGGCAAGAGAAUAUUUUCUUCGAAGAUCUCAGGAAUGGUCCAAUCAAGUCCAGCGAAAAUAUCGAACGUGUAAUUCUUUGAUUAUUUCUUUCUUUUUUUUUUCUUUUUUAUGAUUAAGUUGCUACGUUAGACCCGUCGGAAAUAAAAAGAAAAAAAAUAAAAAAAGAAACAGGAAGAAUCAUUCGGAAGAAUUCGAUAGACAAUUUUAUCGGUGAUACUUUUAAAUUGUACUUAUUUAAAUAACACGAUAUAAUCAAUUUAUCUAAUAGCAAGAGAGAAGAGAAUAGUGCAUCUACCUCGAGAAUCGACUUGACAUUACACAUCCUUGUAAAAAAUCAACGAAUUAUCGAUCAAUAUUUUGAUCAAUUGCGCUUAAUAUAGGUAUAGAAUGAAUCACGAUAACACGGAUCUCGCGAAGAAAGCAUAAACUUUCUAUAAACAGCACCAAUGCGAAAUGAAAAGAUGAAACGGAUGAGUGAACGUAUCGUAACGAGAUCAACGCCAGUGGAGUUUGGCCAAGAAUGAGACUUUUGUAUAUUUCUGUAGAUACGAUAAACGUGAAUGUGAUAUUUAACGUAUUUAAUACGACUUCGGUAUACAUAGUUAGGUGGGUAGGUAUUAUUAAUUAGUGAUUAAUCGAUAAGAUCAAAUUAAGAGAGAAAGAGAGAGAAAGAGAGAGAAAGAGAGAGAAAGAGCGAAAGAAAGAGAGAAAGAAAGAGAGAUAAUGUCACACGUAGUGUACAUCUGAAGAUAUGUAGAGAGAGAGAGAG